AUGGCAGUAAUACGCAACAAAGCCUCUAGUCUGUCAGACCACACGAAGAAGAAGAGAAGUUGCCAGCUCAGAAAUAUAAUCAAUCCCUGCCCCAGUUUGGUCUGGAUAUCCCCUGGAGAGAAAUCCCAGCAAAAUAGACAGGCCUGCACUGCCCCCUGCCACGUCUCUCUCUGCUCCUCAUCUUGGACAUCCUGCAGUCCAGAGGUGAAGGAUAUGGAUCCUAUGGAGUGUCCGCUGUGUUUGGAGUCGCUGGAGAUAGACGAUGCCAACUUCUUCCCCUGCACCUGCGGCUACCAGAUCUGCCGCUUCUGUUGGCACCGCAUCCGCACAGACGAGAACGGCCUCUGCCCUGCCUGCAGAAAGCCUUACCCAGAGGACCCAGCGGUGUACAACCCCCUGUCGGCGGAGGAGCUGCAGAGGAUAAAGAAUGAGAAGAAGGCCAAACAGGUGGAGAAGAAACAGAAGACCACAGAAAACAGGAAGCACCUGGCCAGCGUCAGGGUGGUGCAGAGAAACCUGGUGUUUCUAGUGGGGCUGUCACAGAGACUGGCCGACCCUGAGAUUCUAAAGAGACCGGAGUAUUUUGUGAAGUUUGGGAAGGUCCAUAAGGUUGUCAUCAACAACAGCACCUCAUACGCCGGCUCACAGGGUCCCAGUGCCAGUGCCUAUGUCACUUACAUCCGGUCAGAAGACGCCCUCAGAGCAAUACAGUGUGUCAACAACCUAGUAGUAGAUGGCAGAACACUGAAGGCUUCUUUAGGGACGACGAAAUACUGCAGCUACUUUCUGAAGAGCAUGGGGUGUCCCAAACCUGACUGCAUGUAUCUACACGAGCUGGGGGAUGAUGCGGCCAGCUUCACUAAAGAGGAGAUGCAGGCAGGGAAGCAUCAAGAGUAUGAGCAGAGGCUGUUACAGGAUCUGUACCAGAACCCCAGCUUUACCACCCAGACCUCAGGAGGGGAGACAACCAGGAGCUCUAAACCCUGCUCUUUACAGAGAUCCAACAGUAACAACAGUCAUGGACAAGACGUGUGGCCAACGUUACAACCCACGGGGAAAACAACCAAUGGCGUAUCGGAUCACCGUAAGAGCCCUCCGUCGAACGGCGGCGUCUCGGACUCUGAACACAUGACACCGGAUGGGCCAGAAUGUGCCGUUGGUCUGGGCUCUGUGACUGGCCUCUCAGCCUUCUCCUCAAGCUGUGACCCCCCCAGCCCCAGUGAUGCUCUGCCAGACGUCAUCAGGAGCAGUGACACACAACAUGGAGACUCCUCAGAACGUCACAACCUGCUCCCAGACAGUGACUCUCCGUCGCCCCCUCCUGUCCUCUCCGGCCCUCCUGGUUUCUCCAAAGCCAGCCAGGUGGUUCCCAUCAGUGUGACUACCCGGUCUCCCUUUCAGGGGGCUGCCGCCGAGUCCCAGUCUCUGUUCUCAGACAAUAGUAACUUCCGCCAUCCUAACCCCAUCCCCAGCAGCCUCCAUGGGUUCCCCAGCACCGAGACACAUAACAACCACGACACCUGGCCCACUGCACCCCAACCACACAGCCUCUUCACUUCAGAUACCAUCCCAGUAUCGUCCUCAACAGACUGGCAGGCAGCGUUCGGCUUCGGCUCAUCCAAACAACAGACAUCAGAAGAUGACCUGGGAUUUGAUCCCUUCGACAUCACCCGUAAAGCCCUGGAGGACCUGAUAGAGAAGGAGCUCAGCAUUCAGGACAGCCUCCCGUCCCUCUCCAUCUCCCCAGGUCCCUUCCCCCCCCACCACCACUCACUCCUCUCCUCUGUACCCACCAAAGCUGGUUCUGGUCCCCCUGGAGAGCUGAUACCCCAUAACCACUUCUUCUCUGGGCUGAACUCUGGUCUCUCUAGUAAUCACUGCUUCUCCCAGAUGCAUCAACACCACCAACACCCUCAACAACGGGCUGUCUAUAACUCCUUCAGCUUCCCCGGACAGCUGCCGCCAUCAUCGUCCUCGUCUUCAUCACAGACCAGCCGUCACCCCUGGAUGACGUCCUCCACGGCUGUAGGCUUGGUCCCGACGCGCAGUAACUUCACGACGCACUUCGGCGGCAACCAUACGGUGUCACAACACAGCAGCUUCCUGGACCGGAUGCUGCCCAGUAUGCAUCACCACAGUACAGGGCUGGGAGGCAUCGCCAUGACAGCAGAAAGCAGCAGUGGUGUUGUCAGGGAUUCACUAGAACAGCAUAGAAACAUUAAAGAGAGCCAGGACGCCCUUAAAGCCCUACUGCCAAACAUCAACUCCUCCUCCUCUUCGUCCAGUGUUCACCACAUGGGGCCACCGCUGGGCUUUGGGCCGGGGGCCAGGUCAGUUUCGGGACCAAGGUCUGGUGGUCCGGGGGGCAUGUCACAUAGCCUUAGCUGGGACGGGAGCUAUGGGACGGGCACGACCAGCUGGAUGGAUCCAGCCAUCAUCACAGGUUUCCCAUCGUCAGCAGGCAACAGUUUGGACUCCCUCCAGGAUGACAACCCUCCCCACUGGCUCAAGUCCCUUCAGGUCCUUACAGAGAUGGAUGCUGCGUCUCUCCCCAGCUCCACUGCUAACCCAAACCCCCAGCAGCCCAACUCACACAGCGGCCAGGUCCGCCCUCACCACAGACCCAGCUGGGCUCCCUACCCACCCCCAUCCACAGCCUCUCACCACCCCCACCCAGCCAGUCAAUUCCACUCUCCACCUCCAGGCUUCCAGACUGCUUUCAGAUCCCCGGCUCAGACACCCACAGAGCUGCUACUGAGCGCCGGCGUGGACCGCCACUAGGGAGCGAUGCUGUGAAGUGGACUUCUGAUUCCCGUCUUUAAACCCC